GCCACUAGUCUGUCUGUCAAGUUUGAAAAUAAGAGAUUCUUUCUUUGUUAUUUUCUACUGUUUUCCUCGGUUAUAAUUUUAACCUCAUUUUUUGUAAUGUUUGAUCCAUUUAGUUAAUAUAAAUAACUACGGUUAUCUAAUUUAAAAGUUAUCAAUUUAUUUAUUCAAAGACUUCUUUUUGGUUAUUUAUUAUCCCUUUUACUGAAAAAUGCCUCCUAAAACUCGUUUUCAAGAAGGUGAAAGAAUACUAUGUUUCCAUGGACCUUUGUUGUAUGAAGCAAAAUGCCUUAAGGUUGCUCCAGCUAAAUCUGGUGUUUUCAAAUAUUUCGUCCACUAUCAAGGUUGGAAUAAAAGCUGGGACGAAUGGGUACCCGAGAGUCGUGUUUUAAAGUACAAUGAAACCAAUGUUGCGAAACAAAAGGAGCUCCAAGAAAGUUAUAAAUACGUGUACCCUGCAUCUAAUGCUGCCAAGACCAAGAGUAAGAGUAAAGGUAAGAAAGGAUUGCAAGAACCAUCUCAAAACAACCCGACUGACAAAGGAACUAAGCAAAAAUUAGUUGCCGAGGUUAAGGAGACUACUAAAGAGGGUAGCAAAAGUAAACGUCCCAAAGUUGAAGCUCAUGUUGAAGGUGAAGACUGUUAUGCUAAUAAAUUGGAGAUACGGAUUAAAAUGCCUGACGAGUUGAAGCCAUUACUCAUGGACGAUUGGGAUUUGAUCACAAGACAGAAAAAACUAUGUAAGCUUCCUGCUAAUGUUUCUGUUAACCAGAUUUUGGACCAUUACAUUGGUUUGAAAAAAAACAACAAGUUAACAGUGGCAAAGGAAAAUGCUCUCAUCGAAGUUACUAAUGGAUUCAAGGAAUAUUUCAAUGUUAUGUUAGGCAGUCAGCUAUUGUACAAAUUUGAAAGACCUCAAUAUCAACAAUUUCUUCAUGAAAAUCCUGGAAAAGAGUUAUCAUCCCAUUAUGGAUUUAUUCAUUUAUUGCGAUUAUUUGCUCGACUCGGAGGCAUAUUAAUUUAUACAUCUUUAGAUGAAAAAGAAAUGCAGCUUUUAUUAUCACAUAUUCAUGAUUUCUUGAAAUUUAUGGCUAAAAGUACCGGUUAUUAUAGCUCUGCUGACUAUGAUUUUGCACCACCAGAAUACCACAAAAAAGCUGUACAAUGAGACAAAUCGUUAUCCAAUCUAAUUAUCAACUCACUCGACCAGCCACCAUUAAGAUCUUUCUAAAUUAGCAUUGAAAUGAUCCAUCGAUAAAUAAUUUAUUAACGCCAUCAAAGUUAGAAUCUGUAUAUAAUAUGUUUUAUAAUUAUUAUGACUUACUAUCUUUUGUUGAUACUCCAUCUAACACUAACCAUUUAUACUAGUCAUUAUUCAUCUUUCCAAACUUGUUUACGAAUGAAUGGUGAAUAACUUUCAUUCAAUAAAAGCAAAUAUUGUUAAUA